GUCUGCGAAGCCACGCUAAAGGCGCGAUCCUCUCGUCAGUCUGAGUGCGAAAUGCGCGGCGCGAUGCUGUCCAGACCGGCCUUCGACCUGCACAAUGCGCAACCCAACGACCAAGACCGCAACGUUGAAGAGGAGGUCAGGGUCGAGACCGUCUUCACGGCCGAGGAGGGCACUCCUCUCAGGUCCGCAGAGGACGAGAAGGACCUGACGGAAGGGGAAGACCUGUCGCCGGCGCUUAUCCCAGAAUUAACCCCCGGCGCAACGACGGUAAACCGAAGGGUGGACGUAAAUGUGUAUUCGCACAAAAAGACCCUGGCUCAGGGUAUGAUGGACCUCGCCCUGCUGUCGGCCAACGCCAACCAGUUGAGAUACGUGCUGGACAUGGGGAGAAACCACCCCUACUACUACCCCAGCGUGGUGCUCAUUGCGAGCAGCCUUUUUCUGCAGGUUGCUGUUGGUAUCGGAUUGAUUCUCAACAGUCAAUACAACAUCAAGAAGGAACACCACAUGCACCGCGCCAAUCGAAUCAACAACUUCACCAUGAUUGGCAUAUUCUUAGUUACAAUUAUCAAUGUAUUCAUAUCAGCGUUCAGCAUCUCCACAAGCGCUGACGAGCCAGUCUCCUCCGGCCCAUACAGGGUCUUGGCAAAUGAAACCCAAGAGACGGCUACACUAUGAAAUGGAGACAUGCAAUUAAGAAAUAAGACGUUUUUAUACAUGUUUAUUCAUACAAGGUAUACACCGAGAUUUUCAUAUGUGAAAGCUGGACAGAGAUUGUUUAAAAUGUAAAUAACUAAAUACUCACAACUCUUUAAUAUUAUAGAGUAUAAGAGCUUAUUUAAUUAUAUAUUUAAACUUUAUAAUCUGCUUAUUCUGUGAUAUUUUUACCUUAUCACUUCUGUACAAAAAUAAAUUGCAAGUAUAUUCCUUGUAAGUGAUAGAUU